AUGAGAAGCGUUAUCCGAGGAUGCUACCAAUGCGCCCGAGUGAGUCCUGUUCCUGCGAGUCAAUAUAUGGGGCAACUACCUCUAGCUCGAAUUACUCCAAGCCGCCCGUUCACUGCUAGUGGAGUGGACUAUGCCGGCCCAAUAUAUUUGAAACCUAUCCACAAGAGAGCAAACGCAGCGAAGGCAUACAUUUGUAUAUUUGUUUGCUUUAGUACAAAGGCCGUUCACAUUGAGUUGGUAAGCGACCUCUCCACGCCAGCCUUUAUAGCCGCGCUACGACGUUUCAUCGCCCGGAGAGGUCGUCCAACUGACAUCUUCUCGGACAACGGCAAGAACUUCGAGGGUGCCAAAAACGAGCUCGAGCACCUAUACCACUGGCUCGGAGGCAACGAAGGGGAAGCCAUUCAGUCACACUGCGCCAACGAAGGCAUCAAUUGGCACUUAAAUCCGCCAAAGGCUCCCAACUUUGGCGGUUUAUGGGAAGCUGCAGUGAAGGUUGCUAAAAAUCAUAUGUACCGCCAGUUGAGAAAUUCCCGUUUGUCAUUCGAGGACUUGAACACAGUCCUGACAGAAAUCGAAGCCGCAAUGAAUUCUCGACCAUUGGUGCCACUUUCCGAAGAUCCGAACGAUUUAUCCUGCCUCACUCCGGCCCAUUUUCUAAUUGGGUCGACAAUGCACUUCAUACCAGAAACCAAUAUAAUGGACGUUCAGAUGAGCAGAUUGAACCACUACCAAUCCAUGCAGCGUCUAUUCCAGCAAUUUUGGCAUCAUUGGCGCGGCGAGUAUCUGCAAGAGAUGCAAAAAUGCACAAAUUUAACCGGAGAAAACAAUGAGCUACGUAUUGGACGCCUCGUGGUAAUCGUCGACGAAUUUUAG